GUUGUUUCUGAGCACUAGACAAAAAUGUUCUCCAAGGUCGCAGUUUUCGCUUUAUUCGUUGCCGUUGCGCAAUGCAGCGCCAUCCACGGAGGCAACUACAACAGCUUCUCCUAUGGAGUCUCUGACCCCCACACCGGUGAUGUCAAGAGCCAGCACGAGACCCGCGUCGGUGACAAUGUGGUCGGCCAAUACUCCCUGCUCGAGUCUGACGGUACCCGGCGGACGGUGGACUACGCUGCUGACGCCCACAACGGCUUCAACGCUGUUGUGCGCAAGGACCCCGCUCUGGUCGCCCACUCUGCCGUGGUAGCCGCUCCCGUUGCCGCCGCUCACCUCACCUACUCCGCUCCCGUUGUCGCAAACUCCUACGCGUACGGCGCUAACACCUACGCGUACGGUGCCCACGCCGCUCCCGUUUCUUACGUCCGCGCCGCUCCCGUAGCGUACGCUCACGCUGCUCCCGUCGCGUACUCCGCCCACGCUUCCCCCUUGGCCUACAACUCUUACUCUUACGCUGCUGCUCCCGUUGCCUACAACGCAUACUCCACCCUUGGUCAUGGUUACGGCUAUGGCGCCCAUGGACUCGCCUAUUAGAAUUUUGACCCAAAGAAUGAUAAGAUACCUGUGAUUUAUUUAAGGUGAAAAUAAACAAUUCUGUUUAUAUAACAUAA